GGGUGUGGGGGAGAGGAGGGUUGGAUGCCCGGGUGUCCCGGGGUGGAAGUGGCAGGAAUGUUUGGAGAGUCGGCAGUCAGUGGGUGCGAGUGAAAACUGCGGGAUCCCGGGCGGCAGGCAGAGUGUUUGCGGCGGAUGCGGAUCUUAUACUCACCACACGCAGAAACGCACUCCCUGUGACCGUGUGGAGCAAAUGGCCUGCGGUGCAGUGAGGGGCAGUUUGGGCGGGGGCAGCUCGGACGAGCCUGUCUUCACCCAACUCAAACCGGUAGGUCUUCAGGCGGAGGAGGCGAUGUUCGACGGCAUGAAGAGUCCAGCGGCGAGGAUGCUGGCGACGGACGACUUAGCCCAGACGAGAUGUGAGAUGGAGAAGUAUUUAUCUCCCCAGUCACUGCCAGCCCCAGAGGUGAAGAAGUAUAGGAGGGACAGUGCCUCUGUGGUUGAUGAAUUUUUCCAAGAUGAAAAGGCCUCCCCGUACAGCGUCAACAUCAACGUGAUUCUUCCUGACAUCACUUACCUGCGAACGGGCCUCUGUAAGCCGCAAAGACCACCCAUGGUUCAGCCCCAAUCAGAAGCAGUUAGCACUUUUACACAGGCAAACAGGACACUGACAACCCAGGCUUUACCAGAAUUCACCAGCGUGUUUAACACCUCACAGGCAACAGAUGUCAACACCGCGUUCAUUAAGCAGGAGCUGCCUUCUCCUGAAAUGCAUUUGCCUGCAUCCCCGCAGCAAGGUCAGUUGUACCAACUACUAAGUUCUCCGGACUUGGUUGGCAUUCCCGGUAACACUUCUCAUGCACAAGGUAGCGUGGCAUGUAUGGGAAACCUUGCCAAUCCGUCCGUGUCGACAGGAAUGACUGGCAUGAACACGCUAGCCACUGUACACCCACAGAUGGCAGUGAAGCACUUUCAUUCUAUCUCGACCGGCACGUUUGUGCCAGCACAAUUCUUCCCGCAACAGCCCACCUACCUUCCGCCUUCUCCACCGAAUUCUGAACCCGGAAGCCCCGAUAGGCAGCCAGAGCUACUGCAAAACAUGACACCACCACCAUCGUAUGCUGCCUCUAUUGCCUGCAAGCUGGGCUCACCCACAGCAGCCCAUGCCCUUCCAGCAACACUACAAGUAGCACAACACAAUGUUCCUCUGCCCAAAUUCAACCGAAGAAACAAUCCAGAGCUGGAGAAGAGAAGAAUUCAUCACUGUGACUUUCCAGGCUGUUCUAAAGUGUACACCAAAAGUUCCCACUUAAAAGCACACUUGAGAACUCACACCGGGGAGAAGCCCUAUAAGUGCACCUGGGAAGGCUGCGAUUGGAGGUUUGCACGUUCUGAUGAACUGACUCGCCAUUUCCGCAAACACACUGGAGCAAAACCCUUCCAAUGCACAGUGUGCAGUCGCAGCUUUUCACGCUCUGACCAUUUAGCCCUGCACAUGAAAAGGCACCAGAACUAGAAGAAUGAAUCAUCCCUGAGGCUGAUGUUCAUUAUGCAAACAAGACAUUGUUUCCCAAACAAAAUACUAGACGACCAUUGUGUAUAUGGUAAUCUCGCUGCCAGGUCUUCCAUAUUUCUGUAUAGAGCAAGGACGUUUUGAAAAGCACAGGCAUGAUUUAAGGGUUUAAAACUGGAACCCUGUAUAUUUUGUACAUAUUCACUGGGAAUUAUGAGCUAUGUUUAAUUGGAAAACUUUAAGAAAUAUCUAAUUGGAAUUACACUUUUCUUUGAUCGUUUUAGGUUUACUUUGUGUAUAAACAAAACUCACGUCCAUUUCAUAGACACACUUGCACUACAGUGUAGUGGGUUAGUACUGGUAUUUACAUCUGCCAAGUUUGCAGCAUUGAACUUUUUUACUAAUGUUGUGACCAAAGCACUGAAUGGUCUUGACAGUGUUUAGUAAAUGUAGCCAAAGACAUUGGAAAAAAAAGUCCCACAAAGGGCAGUGUGAACUAAUAUAGGUAAUAUUUUCUGCUGAACCCAAAGUGAAUUCAACCUCCCUUUAAUACGUGAGGUGACCAAAUCACUUUAUUGAAGUCCACAUCUCAUCAGGAUGUGGGGUGUUGAAUUUAACUGUAUAACUUUAAAAAAAGCCUGGCUAAGCCAGAUAAUAUGUAAUAAAAAAACUGCAGAAUCAGCAUACAUUUUGGAUGAUUUUCUGUAAACAAUGAUUGGAAACCGAAUUGAUCUUUGAGAUUUUUGACAAGCUGAUUUACUCUGAGAUUUGCCCAAUCUGUUGUAGGAUCCUUGUCCUGAAAUUAACCCUCCAAGCUCUGACGUUCUGACGUGGGCUGCCCCACAUUAGGAAAUGGGGUUUAGUCCUGUUUUCCAAAGACCUUGUUUUUAAAGUUAGAGGAAAAGAAAUCCCUGCAGUUUGGGCUUCAUACCCCAAUUUACUUCACUCCAGUUCCAUGUGUCUUUUGGGAAUGUAAUUGUUUAUCUGACUAGAUAUUUACACUUCAAUUUUAGCAUCAUGGUGAGGCUAAAGUUGGUAUGUAAAUAUAGCUGAAAAUAGCCUGUAGAUGCACUGGAAAUUCCCAAUGCCUUGCGGAAUUGGAUUGAUUCUUCAAAAGGCUGACUCUUGAGUUUAUAGUUAUUUUAGCACUCCAUUCCAGUUUAAAACUACUACUGCAAUAAAGAUAUUUAUAUAAAUAUAUAUAUACUGUACAGGCAGUGGCACUGCUGCUGAGUAGAACAUCUCAUUCUGCACUCAAAUAGUGGAAUCCUUUUUUAUAUAUAAAGGAUCUUUUCUGAUUUAUUCUUGUUUUUAAAUACAGUUGAUAUGACUUUUUUUAAUUUCUAAUGCAUCUCCUCAUCUGUUAAGCCUUAUCAGGGAUCCAGUAUGCUGAAAUCUUCAACAAUUGUUUUGUUUUGCAUACUUUGGUAGCUCUGAAUAAGGGGUUUGGGGGUCGGAAAUUCUCAAUUCCUGUUGUAAGGAGCUCCAAAUCUUGUCACUUCUGAAGGUGUCGUUCAUUUCAUGGGGCUGGCUGGAAAGCAGGAGAGGAGAUGGUGUAGUUUUUGUUUCCAACCAUUAGUGCUGUAGUGCUGUAACUCCUCGCAUGUAAUGUCAAAAUGGCUAAAAUGCUUUUCUAGUCAAUUAUGAAUAUUAUGCAUUUGAGGUGUGGCAAUUAUCAUUAAUUAUGGGGCUGUGCAGGCUUGGACUAGCUGAUUUAAAGACGGCAUUUGAAAUCAUAAGCUAAUCUCCACUGGGAUCUGACUAUUGUGACAAGAGAAAAUGCUGAAAAGAUAAUAAUCUUUUAUUUAUUUCUAAUCAUGGCUUUCUAAUUGGAUCGUUUACAAAUCUGUUUAAAUUAUGGUGUUCUUCAUUGUAAUGGCUUGGCAAGAAAAGGCAACAAGAAUAUGUAAAUAGCAUUAAAGGAUGUAUAUAAUUUUAUAAGAUGCUGCAAAAUUUAUACUUUCAACAAAGGGGCAAAUGUGGCUGUGUCAUUUUUGCCUCAGCUUGAUUUUUCUUCUUCGUUACAUUGUAUUUCCUUUUUAGGUUUUGUGGUUGUAUAUUACUUUCUACAAUCGGCAUUGAAAAGAAGGAAAAGGUUUGUUUGGGGGGGGUAUAAGGUCUAAAAAAAA